CCGGUUUAUUAUUCAACAUAUAGGACAAAAUAAAGGAAUAUUAUGGGAUUUCUAACAGAAGUCUGGGCCAAGGCAAUGUUCACAACUGACACUAAACCACCAGAUGGGAUAUUAGCCGAUGCCCAGCCAGUGCAAGAUGUCAACACAACGAAAGAAACAAAUGAGCCUGCACCUAAUAGCAAAGAAACCAAGGAAUGGGGUUAUGAUUUAUAUCCAGAGCGUCGCGGUGAAACCUACAAGACCAAGUGGACGCGCGUCCUCUUUGGCAUGGAGGGUAAGGAGAACAUAGAUCGCUACAAGUGCGAGCAGAAUGUGUACUGGUGUGUAAAGAAUGGCCCGCUAGUGAAACUUAUGAUGGGAGCUUUGCGCAGCUCUGGUUGUCCCAUCGAUCUGCGUCGACACAUCUCCUGUGAGGUGUGUGAUCCCAGCGUUACCGGUGGCUAUGAUCCGGUGCUCAAUCAGAUUGUUGUCUGCCAGAAUAUGGCCACGAACAAGAGCAUGGUGCAUGGCGUGCUCACGCAUGAGAUGAUACACAUGUUUGACUAUUGCAAUAACGAUUUAGACUUUCGUAAUGUGGAACACUUGGCCUGCACGGAGAUACGUGCUGCCAAUUUGGCGCAUUGCUCCUUCCUCAGUGCCAUGAUGCAGGGCGAUGCGGCGCCCUGGAGUGCCAAGCAGGCGCAUCAGAACUGUGUCAAGUCCAAGGCUUUGGCGUCUGUGCUCGCUGUGCGCAACAUAAGCCGUGAGGAUGCCAUUGCGGCAGUGGAACGAGUCUUUCCCAAGUGCUACGCAGAUCUGGAGCCCAUUGGACGACGCAUACGUCGCAACUCGACGGAUCAACAGAAGGCCUAUAUGGAAGCGCCGCUUUACGGUUAUGAUGUCUAUUAAAUAAAUGCCUUUAUUUACAAUAUUUUUA